UGCCAUCUGCUCUGUUGGAGCCGGUGGGCUCCCUGACGGACGCUCUUGAGGACCUGUUCUUGAGAGUCUGAGUGUCCUGUGUGCUCUGAGGCCUGAGGAGGCCCUGCUGGCUUCUGCCCGGUGCCCGUGGAUUGGAUGUUUGUGCCUGUUAGCAGGUGGUCUUCCCUGGGGAGGAGCAGGGCGCUCCUGGCCUCUCCUCAGGCUCUUCAGAGGGCUUGAAGGCGUGGCUCGUCUCUCAUCACCGGAGAUCUGGCUCUGGAGUCCAGUGCUGGGGUUGGAACUUUUGUUUCCUCAUUCUUUCACUGCUGAGGGGUCUCUGCGUAGCUCUAAGAGUCUGCUCAGACAGGCUUGCAAGUCACCAUGGACUGAGAGGCAACACAACGGAAAUUUAUCUUCUCACAGUUCUGAAGGCUGUAAAUUCAAGAUCAAGAUGUUCGUUUCUUCUGAGGGCUGUGAGGGUGAUGUGAGCAGAGCCCAGGAAUGCCUUAUGUGGAUCGGCAGAACCGAAUCUGUGGGUUUCUGGACAUCGAGGAGAAUGAGCACGGUGGCAAGUUUCUGCGGAGGUACUUUAUUCUGGACACCCAGGCCAACUGCCUGCUCUGGUACAUGGACAACCCCCAGAACCUGGCUGCGGGAGCUGGAGCUGUCGGAUCUUUGCAGCUGACCUACAUCUCGAAGGUGAGCAUCGCUACUCCAAAGCAGAAACCAAAAACUCCAUUUUGCUUUGUAAUCAAUGCCCUCUCGCAGAGAUAUUUUCUUCAAGCCAAUGACCAGAAAGACCUGAAGGACUGGGUUGAAGCCCUGAACCACGCCAGCAAGAUCACUGUACCCAAAGCUGGGAGCCUACCAACUCUGACCGCUGAAGUUCUCAAAAGCCUCACGGCCCCUGCAGCCCUGGAGAAGAAGCCACAGGUGGCCUACAAGACAGAGAUCAUCGGUGGGGUGGUGGUGCACACACCCAUCAAGCAGAAUGGUGGGGAUGGGCAGGAAGGGAGUGAGCCGGGGUCCCACGCCAUCCUGCGGAGGUCUCAGAGUUACAUCCCCACGUCAGGCUGCCGGGCUUCUACCGGGCCGCCCCCCAUCAAGAGUGGCUACUGUGUGAAACAAGGGAACGUGCGGAAGAGCUGGAAACGCCGCUUCUUUGCACUGGAUGACUUUACCAUCUGCUACUUCAAGUGUGAACAGGACCGAGAACCGUUGCGCACGAUAUUUCUCAAGGACGUUCUCAAGACGCACGAGUGUCUGGUCAAGUCUGGUGAUCUGUUAAUGAGGGACAACCUGUUUGAAAUAAUAACCAGCUCCAGGACCUUCUACGUGCAGGCAGACAGUCCAGAGGACAUGCACAGCUGGAUUAAGGAGAUUGGGACAGCUGUCCAGGCCCUCAAGUGCCACCCCAGAGAAGUGUCUUUUUCUAGAUCUAUUUCUUUGACUCGACCUGGAAGCUCCAGCUUCACAGGUGGGCCUAACUCUGUCUUGUGUCGAGGGCGGCCACCCGCAGAAGAAAAGAAAGCCCUCUGCAAAGCUCCCUCGACGGCCUCCUCCUGGCAGCCUUGGACACCUGUCCCCCAGACUGGGGAAAAGCUGCUGCCAGCGGAAGAGAAUGCGGAGGACUCUCUGUUCACAGCCCGCCUGGGGGAAAGCAGCAUUGCUGGGACACUGCUGAGCUCCCGGAUCAGGCACAGAUCGGAGCCCCAGCACAGAUCGGAGCCCCAGCACCCCAAGGAGAAAGCAUUUCUGUUCAACCUCGAUGAUGAAAACAUACGGACUUCUGAUGUGUGAUGAGGGCAGUGUGUGGGAUGGGAGGGAGGAGGGAGGGGCUGGACACAGGUGGCUGGGACUCGGUUUCUCUGCCUUGCUGCAUGUCGGAGGCCUUUGUGGCACUCUGUUCCUGUGGACGUCCAUGGGAGGGUCCGUGCGGCUGGCGUUUAUGUAUUAUCAAGGGGAGAUCACUAGGUUAGACCUGUGGGGCAUACACAGGCGUGCGCUGCCUCUUGCCAAACUAUCCCAAGGUCUUUCUGGUGGGGUGUUGGUUUAGCACCUCCUCUCUAUAAGCAGUGUGGUCUCCAGUUGUACCCCUCGCCAAAAUUUAUUUCCUUGUCCUUAUUUUAGUUGCUUCAUGUUGUUUCAAUCCAGGCACAGGAUCUUAGGCCAGUCACCUGGUUUUAUCCUGUUCCUGUUAAUUGGUUGAAGUUCAUGAAGCAGGAGGGUGACAACCCACACAGAUGAAAGGGGUCCCCGGUGGGGGGAGGGGCAGGCCGCGGCAGGACUGAUGUCCACCCCGGGAGGUAGUUGAAACGGGGGACGGCACUGGAGGGCAGCCCUCAAGGGACUGCCAGGGAAAGAGAUGGGUGCCUUUUUGUGAGGUAUGGGGAAUGAGUUAAUGCCAGUGCAUCAGUUUUGGAAAUUAUUGUUCUUUCUGAUGCUCCGAGAGCCCUGGUGCUGUAGUGGUAGGUGACAGACUCGCCCGUCCAGUGGUUGUGUCCAGCCCCGAGGGUGGGCUUAUCAGUGUUAGGUGCUACACCUGUUGAGAACGUAACAGACGAUUCCCCUUGAUAUGGUGAGGUUUGAAAUGUGUGGAGGGGUAGUAAGUGUGUGAUAAUUCAUGUGCGUGAUGGACUUACCUCUAUCUCAGGUUUAGAAGAGCUUUAAGGAGAUGCUGAGAAGAGGUGGAUGAUGGUUUAUCCUGCUAAGCUUUUUCGAUCCAUUUUUUUCCAGACAGGAAAAAAGUCCUGGUCUUUUUGAAUGGACCAUUUGCCUGAUACUAAGUACUAUGUAUCAUGUACCGGGCAGAUUUGCUUUCUUUUUAUCCUUCAUGUUGCUUGUUGAAUGCAGUUAUGUGUGUUUGCAUGAUCAAACCCUGUACUUAACAGUGGGGAGAUACAAAGAUAAUCUUGAGAUAUUUAUAUUCUUUAAUGGAAUAUAGAGUGGGCAUAAAAACACUGAUUUAAAGGUUCUGACUUGCUAGUGAGAGGUUUCCCAGGUAGAAGAGUAUAAGAGAUUGAGUUUCUUACCCAUAUUCUCAGGGUACAAUUUCCAGUCUCUAGGGUGAUUUAUCUACCCAGCUUCUGCAGCGAAUCGCUACCAGAAACUUACGAGAGCUUCCUAUGGAGAGAGAGAACUCAGUUCAUUACUGCCUGUAAUUUUUAUUCUUAGAUCAAUUAGUUAUAUAUUUUAAGUUAAAAAUUAGUGACUAGAAGAAGAGACAAGAGAAACGUUUGUACCUAAGUAAAUCCCUGCUCCUUCUGUGUCCACAUCUGAUCCAGAGGUGAAAACUUGAUGUAAGAGUCAUUAGCGUUUCAGCGACGCAUGUUUGUCUGGCCUGUGUGGCAGCCUUGAAGUGUGGGUCUUGCAGGCCUUUUUCUGCUUCCCUGCAGGGGCGCCCCUUCACUGUACCUAAGUUUGGUCUGUGGUCCUGGUCAAAAAGGAAAAUCUCCUGGAUCUCUCCUUCUUUCUCUCUCCAUUUUCCUUCUCUUUUAGAAAGAAACUGUUAUGUACUUUUGUCCUCAGAAAUUCUUAGUUUGGGAAUUACUUAUUUAUGAGUGAUCAGGGUUGCAGCUUACUUUAAGUGAUCUGGUUUUAAGAAGCCAUUCAAAUUUCCUAAAGCCAUUGGUCUCUGUUACACCUUCCUUAUUUUACUCUCCCCGAAACUUCCUGAGCUCGUCAACAGAAAAGCCCAUCAUGUGAUGUGGAUGUGAUGAAAAUAAAUGAGACGCUUUUGAAAUCUCUUUAAACAUUCCCUGACUCAUGGAAAUGAUGUCACCUGUUCGCGUUUAAAUUGUGAAGAUCUCUGUCUCUGAAAUUCUGCUAUCUGCUACUGCUAAUUAGCUGUUACAGUAAGCUGAUAGGUUUCUUAUUCAAUAAGGUCUAUUUUGAGGGUACAUUAAACAUAAUCCAGUUUGUCUUAAUGAAGUAGAAACACGGAUUCUAAAAAGCCUAUACUUGGACAUCCCAAGGUGGAACAUAGUUAAUAUAGUUCUAAGAUCAGAAAAGUAUGUUAUCUUUUUUGAAGUCUAAAAACAUUCACAUCUCAAAUCUUAUCUCAGAAUUCCUUUUCUGUCCACAUUUCUUAACCUUCUGACCAAUUUUAAACCACUGUCUUUUUUUUUUUUU